AGAAAUGCUCCUACCUAGGAAUUUUCAAAUUUGGGCUUAAGCAAUUCUUUCAGAUCUUCCCUCCAACAGCAGCAUUAAGAAAUAAGCCUCUGUUACCCCCUGGGAUAAAUGGUAAGUGGCGCCAUCGCAUUCUUAUUGCAGUCCAUGUGAUGUCGUUUUGCAUUUGACAUCGGUGUGCAGAGAGGAGAAGAUUGCAUUUGCAGGAGAGAUGGCACGGAAGAAGGUGGGAGUGGGGAGUGGGAAGGUAACAGCAAUUCAAGUGGCAUUCAUAGUUGAGAGAUUUCUUGCAGAAAAUGGGUAUAACAACACACUUGCGCACUUCAGAUCCGAAGCUGCGUCAUUGCUUGGAACAGGACACCCUCGCCAGGCUCCCAAGAGUAUGCUUAGUUUGGUGGAUAUUCUUGAUGACUACAUUCAUUUGAAAGAGCAGAAAAUAGCCCUGGGCCAGGAGAAGGCUAGAAUAGAUCAGCUCCUGUUUGGCAUGCAAGAUAUUAUGCAUGCUUAUCACUCUGGAGCUAUGCUGCCUCCCAGUUCCGGUGCCGCCCCAGCACCCCCUCUUCCAGGCCCUUAUGCAAUCACAUCUGUCUCUGCCAGUCCAUCUUCUUCUGCUGCAAUCAAUGGACCAUCUGCAGCUCCUGCAUUGCCGGCGACAAACAAUAAGAGGAAGAAUUCAAAUCCACUUCCUGAUGCAUCACUGGCUGCAAAGAAAUCUUGCGUUGCAGCGCAUCUUGUAAACUCACCUUCUUGUGAAAAAAGUUCUCAAGGACUUCAGAUGGGAGUAAACAGAAUUUACCAAGCAUCUCAAGCAGGGCAGGCUUCUUCUCAUACCCUUAACAAUUCACAAGUUUGCUUUGGAAAUGGACAGACUUCUCGGGUACCAUCAUAUUCUGCACCAAAGCCUAUGGUCCACAACGAUGCAACAUCUGUGGCCAAGAGAAGGUAUAAUCAACCAUCUACUGUACCUGCACAAGGAAAGCAACAGGCCCUUCACACAACUUCUGAGAUGGCUAGUGACUCAACUUGCCCUCAGACCCCACCACAAGCAUUAUGCAUUCAACCUGAUAGUUCUGCAUCUCCAGUAGAAGGUUCAUGUGUCAUCAAUGGCAACAAAUCUUUGGUUGGUUCUGCUUGCAACCCUGAAUCAUUGGUCGGGGACCGGAAUGUUGUCUGUGAUGGGGAAGAAACAGAUCAAGAGAUUCAAAUUAUUGAGACUAGAUCCUCUGGAAUCUUGAAUUCUUCAAGCCCAAAUGCCCUUUCUAAUUAUGAAAACUCUGGUAAAGGUUCACCGAGAAAGUUAAACCCAAGGAAGCCAGGGAAAAGGGGGCAAAUCAAAAGUCGGUUGGAUUUUGAUAGUUCAGCUGCAACUUCAACAUUAAAUGUGGUCAGACCAGGUUCAGACGAGGCAACAUCAACUGACUAUAUAUCCACAUGUCAUGCCUCUGUCACUUGCAGUGAAAUGGAUGGAGAGCAGUUCGAUUUUGCUGACAUUCCUAUUAUUGAUCCUGAACUUGAUAAAUUCAUGUCAGAUUUCCUUAUGGAUUUUGGAUUGGAUUCAGAAGAAUUAGGAUCUGUCUCUACGUUUUUGGAUGAACCUGAUGACAUGAGUAAAUUACUAGUAGAAAAUCAAAGUUGUGGAAAUGGAUUCCAAACUUCAGUGGUCUCUGAUAGUCAUCUCUGCAAAGGUGUUGGAGUUCUCACAAAGAAAGACAUGAACAUUCAAGCUGCUGUAAAUGUCAAGAAUGUUACAGACACCAGCACCAACAAAAGCAUUUCUAAUUGCAAAGGUGGUAGUUUUAGAGGUGUUGCUGAUCAAGAGAAUAUACCGAUACUAUGAGGUAGUACCAAAUGUCCAAAAAAUUCUUAAUGGGGAGAUCGAUGGGUGAAGAUUCUCUAAAUCGACCUUGGUUUGGGGGAUUCCAUUUCUGCAAUUCUACAUGCCUCAAACAUUAUGGCUGCUGCUGUGUGUAUCCAGACUUCCUAAAUUUGUUCUUUUAGCAAUUAUGGGAAAAGAAUUAUGAGACCUUUUGAAAAGCCACACAUGAUUUUUUUUAUUGUAUGGCUUGUUUAAAAGAGCUUGCACUGUUAUCAGCAGAUCCUCAGUAUGGAUGGCCCCCAUUUUGUAUAUCUUAUUUUAAAGAAAUAGUGUCAAUUCUUUUACCGGACUAUCAAGAGCUUUUUGAGCAUUCUUAUGCAGCGGAUAAAGAAUUUGGCAGAGGAUAGAUGCUACCAUUCUUUUGUUUAAUACAUUUAAAUGUCCAAAUUUACUUGA